AGCUCUUAUACUAUUUACAGAAUUAUUAUAGAGACGAAGAAGUUUUAAUUGUAGACAUAGAGCGGAAGCUGUGGAGCUAAUGUAAAAUGCUGUAUUCAACGAUUAUCUUUGAAUAUAAUACAUUCUCAAAUGGUUAUAUUGAAAAUCAGAGUUGAAAAGAGAAGAGUGCAACAUAGAUACUUGCACAGAAAUGACAUCUUCAGUCCAUUCAGAGAGCAUUUUAGAAUUGUUUAAUAAAUUGUGUGAUCUUCACCUUGGUGAAGAAAAGAGAUGUCACCUAGUGCAGCCAAAAGUUGAGCGCAGAAUAUGCUUCCAGCACUUGCAUCAUAAAGUGUUUGAUACCUUGAUCAAUUUUUUAAAAUCUCCUCAAAGCAAAGAAAACAACAGUGAAAAGAAAGGAGCAAGUGUUGAAAUUGCCGCUAUUCUUCAGUUUAUCUUUAAUCUCCGAACAGCAAGGAACUAUGGCGAUGCAGAUCGUUUGGAACACUUGCUCGAGACUCUGAUGGCGGAGCCUACAGAUGAUAAAAAGGCAGUUCUACGAUUCCUGAUAAAGUUGUCUGACACUGGAAGCUUAGAGCCUCCUCCUUUGUUGGGUCAUGAUCUCUACAGAGUUGAAGUGGCCAAUUUAGAAAAGUCAAGAAAAGUCUGCCUUCCAGAAGGACCAGUUUGGUUUGGAGACACCAAACCGACAGCCGGCAGCCUCCAAUGGACAGUGUAUGAUCACUUUCCCCGACAUCUUUUUGAAGUUGGACAUCUAAAAUGCAAGCUUGAUCAGCCGACAGAAUCCACAGCUGUAAAAGUCUUUGAGAUGACUCCUGGGACUGCAUUAGUCAGUGGGAAUCUUUUUAACACUGAGAACAUGGAGUUUCGUGAUGGCUAUGAGCAGCUGACAAGGUUCUCUCUCUUCGGAGGCUUGGUAUCAGCACGUGGUUCAUCACUAGAUGCCAGGCUGGAACUGCCUGACCUUCCUGAUAGCAGUUUACCAGAAAUCACCAUUCCCAAGGUUAGGUCUCUGAGUGAGCUGUCUGAAGAUGAAGGAUUUAUCACAACAGAAGCUUCUUCAUCUGCUGCAAGCCCAGUAGAUGGGUGGAUAGAAGAAGAUAUAUGGGAAGAAGCUUUGCAUACUGUUCCGAAUCAGCAUUAUGUGUGGGAACGCAUUGGAUGUGAGCCAGUAAUAACAGAAAGGCACUACCUGACGGAAGCAGGCCCUAAAGCCGUGGAUGAACUGACUCGUUUCCAAAAGUUGAAUGAAUAUCUUCUGGAUCCAAGCUGCAUCUCACCUCUUCCCAGAGAGAUUUCAGCUUCACAGCUGGUUAAGGAUGUCAUUUACCUUUUAAUUGGAGUACCCUCCCUUAGCUUCCCAUACUCACAGGAAACUGGUAGCUUCACCAUAUGUCCUGGAAUUUUCACCACCGGUAUCAGUCCUGAUGCUUUCCACAGCUUUGUGGGGGAUUUUGUUGACUGUGGUACAAUGCACCAGAACUUGGUUGUGUUUUCUGCUCCUCAAAAGAUGGACUCACUGUACACAAAUGGCCUUGUACUGCAAGCAUUUGCAGGAGGAGUCAGGGCAGUGCUGCAACACUACAGGGCUGCUGUGCUCGCAAUUCCAAGGGAUACUACUCUCCUAGGUCUGCGGAUGCAUUGUCACCGAGUCAUGCAACAGAUAAAAUUUCUCUCUGAUCUCUGCCACUGUGCUGAUAAGGGAUAUAAUCUUGCUGAAGCCUCUUUCCCAGUGGGUGUUCCUUUGAUUACAUACCUGUAUGAGCAGACCUUGGCAGCACUCAACACUGACAACUACCUGUUAAUGCUGUCCUUGCUUCGCACAACCUGCCAGCCAUUCACUUUAUUCAUUCAGGACUGGGUCUUUCAUGGGACAUUCCGUGACAUUUAUAGUGAAUUUAUGAUCCAGAUGAACAUGGACUAUUUGGAGGCUAGAGAUGAGACCUAUUGGGAAAGGGGCUACACACUACUUGUUGACGAAAGCACGCCUGCCAUGCCUCCUUUUCUGUCAGACCUAGCUCUGAAUAUUUUCCACAGUGGCAAGGCACUCAACCUUCUCCGUAUGUGUAAUCCAAAGCACUUCCUGUGCCGCGUCAGUGAUAGUGACAUUCCUCAGGUGUCUAUUUCUUACUUGCGAGAUGACCUGGAUACUGUUGAAAAGCAGUGUCGUAUGUAUGCCAGUCGCAUGCGAGAGGUGGCACAGCAGGUCUCUUUGACACGGGCUGAACAGCAGCGCCGAGCUCACAUUGCCAAAAAGGAGCUAUUGGAGACUGCUCGUCACAUGGCAGCCAAUGAGAUUAGCAGACUUCAAGGUGUUUUGCGUGAGAGGAGGAAGGUAGAUGAUGCCAAGAAAAGGGUGGAAUUUCAGCGACUCAAAGAACAGAUGAAUGCUGAUUUACAGAGACGAGCAGAUGAACUGGCUCAAGAAAAGGCAAAUGAUAAAGAGUACAUGGCACGAGUUAUGCGUGAUGAAGAUGCUUUUACAGAGGAGGAGAUAAAACUUGAGCAGGAGGCCAGGGAUGAACUGAUCAAGUACUACGCUGAGUUAGGUGAAGAAGCCACAAGGAGGGAGCGACAUGCUUUGUGGAAGAUUCAGCGUGCAAGAUUAGAUUUGGCUCGACAAAAGCUUCUUGAGGAGGAUCAGAAACAAUGGCAGUUGGAGAUGGAGGAAUAUAAGCAGGCACAGAGGCUACUAGCAAAAGAUACUACUCCCCUUCCGCACUGGGCCAAAGGUAGUGCCAGUAGUAUGGAUACCAUGACAAACCAGUGGGGGGUCCAAGAACAGGUACAGGAGAGAGACUGGUCAUUGCCAUCAUGGGCAGAAUGUGAUAGUCCACCUGCUGUGCUUUUGUCACCAGAUGUUGGGGAUGUGGAUGUUGUUGUGGAUAGGAAUGUUGGACCUGGUAGGAAAGCAGACCUGCCAGAACAACCACAGCAAGUUGAGCUGCCAGAUGAAGCCAGUGGCGGCAUUGCGUCUGCACAUGACAGCGACGGUGGUGAGAGUCAGAGGCCAAGGAUGCCUAAGGAUGUGGAAUUUACCUUGCAGCAGACUUAUUCUUCAGAAAGAAGGGAUGAUCUGGCCAGAGGGGGUGAGUUAUUGUCAACACAAGAACAAGAAGGAAUUGUUGUGAAAGCUACAGAUUCUGCAGAUGGUCACAUCAAUGAGCAUUACCAGUUAGAGGUCAUGUCCAAACCCAGAGUGGAGGAUGCUUCAAGCCAUCUUUCUUCUAGAAGACUAAAGACACAUGUCCACAUGGUGCCUGGUAUGUCGAUCAACCAGGAAACUGAACAGAGGGAAUCUCAUCCACAAAUUCACUGCUCUGACUAUAUCCAAGCUACCUCGGAGACAUCAGCAUCGGAAGAGGGUCGAACAAUUGUAAAAUUUGUUGAAGGACACUCAGCUUCUAAGGAGUCAGAAGGAGAGAAGAGUGUACUCAUGCACAUAAAAAUGUCAGGUACUUUGAGUGCUACGACCGAAACAGAGGAGAAGGUGCUGAGAUCUCAGAUCCAACAAGUUCCUGGUUGUCAUGCCAACAUGCAGAACCAAGAAGAAUUUCAGGCCAUUCCAAAACUUCGUCACCACUCUGCUAUGAACAUUGCCACAGAAACAGAGUCAGCUGAGUGGAAGUUGAAGAGACCAAGCUUGUUUGGUCAUGUUACCCAGCUGUCAAAGAGUGACUGCACCUUCCAUGCCCCAAGACUGAAACGUCAGCUGGACAAACACGCUAACAUAGAAACAGAUUUCAGGGACUUUGCUAUAAAACCCCACAUCCGUAUGCACAAGACAAGGUGUGCAACAGCAGAAAGUUCAGAGCAAGUUGAGCGACCCCAGAUUCAUAUCAGCAAGGAAAGUCAUGUUAGCAAGGAGUCAGAGUAUGUAGAUUUUGAUGCACUCCGCCGCAAGCGUUUCCAAUCACUGAAUGUACAUGGACAUUCCUCAGAUUCCACUGUGGAGAAGCUGAUGUAUGGAGACAGGUCACCUCCCACUUCAACUAACAAUCGUGACAUGAUCCAGCUGGUACCAUCCUUUACACUGAAAGACUUGGACUUGAUGAAAGAUGAAAUGGACCACUUUAAUGACAACUAUGACCAUUUGAAAUGGGCAACACUUUCAUUGUUGAAAAAGAAAACAGGAUUCACCCCCCUUGUAGACCUGUUAGCUGGGGUACCUGGCAUCAUUCAAGGUAUAACCUGGGAUGGUGACAAGACGAGAAAGAUUGGGAAUGAAGAUAUUGAAAUUGUGUCCUUUACACCGCUGUCUGUGCUGCUGAAACAGGCCCUGUCUACACCAUUGUCUGUUCAGGUUUCCCUUGUCAAUGACAUGGUAGUGAAUUAUUUCCUAGUGGAUCAGAAAAUUGAGAAGCAUUUUGAAGCACUUCACAACUAUUUGUUCAUGGCAGAUGGAGAGUUUGCUCAAAAUCUCACAGACAUUCUUCUUGAGAAGUUAUCCUGCACUCAAUUGCCUAAGGAAGUCCUCUCACCUGUAUUUCUCAACUCGGCUCUCAACAAGUCACUGCAGUUGUCAUGUUCAGGAAACCAGCAGUAUGCUGAUGCGUUGAGCUUUUCUCUGCGAUAUGUACCACAAUUUUUCAGGCCAAAUGCUCAUGACACCCUGGAUUGCUUGGAGCUCAGAUAUAAGGUGAGCUGGCCAGUGAAUGUUGUGCUCACAGAAGCAAGCAUGGAGUGCUAUGGGCGAAUAUUCUCAUUCAUGCUGCAGUUGAGGCGUGUGGCCUGGACACUCAAAGAUUGCUGGUACAAACUUAAAAGAGAUGCCAUAGUGAAGAAAGCCAAGGACUCGUCUCAGUUUAGGAAGCUUCAGUUGCAUAGACAGGAGAUGCAGCACUUUGUGCGCGUGAUGCAGGGUUAUAUGGCCAACCAGAUCAUCUUGGUAACCUGGCAGGAACUGCAACAGGCCCUAGAUGUUGAUGUGCACAGUUUGGAUGAUUUAUUGCGUGUCCACAGUGAAUAUCUCCAUAAAGCUCUUUUCAGGUGCCUGCUCAAUAAUAAAGCUGCUCCAAUUAUGAAAAUCAUACAAGAUAUCUUCUGCCUGAUUCUUAAGUUCUGCUCCCAGCUCACAACUUCAUCUUGGGAACAUAGCCCAGCCACAAAGGAAGUCAUUCAUCCAAACUAUUCUGCCAUGGUUACCUCCUACAAUGCCUUCAAGGAAUACUUUGCAUUUCUUUUCAAAGUUGUGAACAAGUUAGCAGCACGCGGCUAUCAGCCACACUUGCAGGAACUGCUGCUACGCUUAAACUUCAAUGACUACUACAGUGCAUAGUGAUGUCCCAUCUAACCUGUCUGUGUAAAUGACAGAACAGCCUGUUGUAGACUGAGUUUUCAUUCAGUUAAAAUAACAAUGAAUAUAAAUUGAUACUGCUGUCCUUUUUCUUUAUCAAAUCAUAUCUGCUGCAUAUAUUCUGACUCUCCUCUCUGCAAAGACAUAGUCCAGGAGCAUUUUCCUCAAAUCUAGUAUGCAAAACCCUAGACUGUAUGUUGGCAUUUGAGGUGCUCUGCAUAAAAACCUGGCAUUCUCAUUCUGUCGCAAAGUACUGAUAAGCAAUUGGUUUUUUGGUUGUUGUGGAGCUUAAAAUGAAAUAUUCUAGUUGUUGACCAAGGCUUGUCAUAGGCACAGAGUGGAAGUGUCUCCAUGUGUGUAUAUAGACAUGAUACACUGGGCAACAAUGUACACAUUAAGUAGUGUUCUGCAAUAUAUAUAUCAUAGAUCAUCUUACAUUGCAAUAUUAGAACAAAGCAUGUAGGUGUGAAUUUUUAUUGUGUUCUCAUGACAUGAGUGAUAUUUGUCACAAGAAAUGCCAUUAAUAAAUAAAGGUUGAUGCCAGA